AUGGAUGCUGAGAGACUUGCUACAAUUGGUGCACUAGUCCAGCAGCAGAAUCAGAACCUCCUCAGAUUGCAACAAGCUGUUGACAUAAGGAGAAGAGAUAGAAGAAGGAGAGACAGAGUUGUGUGGCUCAGACAGUGGAUACUGAAAAGGCCUGAACAUGGACUGUAUGACAAGCUGAUGGUGGAGCUGAGGAAUGAGGAUCCACGAGCCUUCCAGCACUUCAUGAGGAUGCCACCAGCCAUGUUUGAUGAAGUUGUACAGAGGCUGACCCCCAGAUUGACCAAGCAAGACACCAAUUACCGAGCAAGCCUGGAACCUGGUCUCAAAGUGGCAAUCACCCUACGGCACCUGGCCUCUGGUAACACCUACAGAAACAUGCAAUACGCCUGGAGGGUUCCCCACAACACCAUUAGUGUGGUAGUCAGAGAAGUGGUAAAGGUCAUCAUUGAGGAGUACAGCUCCGUUCAGCUCCGUAGUCAAAAGCGGAAACGGAUAAGACGGAAAAACAAUCCGAAUAAAGCCCCGUCUAGGAAAAGACCAGAUUCAGCCCCACCGGCUGUUAUCAUAGAAAAAGAAUUGCCGUCUCGAGAAACGUAUCUGUCGACGAACGAUUCCAGCGUCUUCAAAAAACCCCAAUGCCUAGUACGCGCGAGAGGAGAAAAUAUACUUGAAGUGUGCGAGGAUGUCCUUGACGAAAUAUCCCGCAUAGACAAACCGUGUGUCAUCGUGGCCAUUGCGGGGCCAUACAGAACUGGGAAAUCAUACUUAAUGAAUCGACUUGCGGACGCACAAACAGGUUUUGCAAUUGGUGACACAAUACUAUCAACGACGAAAGGAAUCUGGGUCUGGUGUAGAGACCAUCCCGAACAAAAGGACACUGUUCUUAUACUUCUGGACACGGAAGGAUUAGGAGACGUUGAAAAGGGGGAUUCAAACCACGACAACCGCAUUUUCAUACUUGCAACACUCCUUAGCAGCGUCCUAGUGUACAACAUGAAAGGUGCGUUUGAUCAAGAGGCUGUGAACAAACUCACAUUUGUGUCCGAAAUGUCAAAAAACAUAAAGUUUGGCGGAAGAUGUGAUGAAGAAAACCUGUUUUUGCAAACCGUCCUUCCCGGAUUCGUGCUUGCUCUAAGAGAUUUUUCGCUGAAAUUGAUGAAAGAUGGUAGAACAGUAACCCCAGACGAAUACUUUGAAGAAAGCCUGGAAAGUAAAACGGAUAAAAGUGCUUCUUUCAACAAACCACGUGAAUGUAUCCGGAAAUUCUUUCCACAAGAAAAAAGGAGAUGCUUUGCGUUUCCACCUCCUGGAGAUAUUGACAUUUUGGAAAACUUAGAAUGCCUUACAUUUGAAGACCUGUCGAAGAGAUUUCAGACUGUUGCCGCAAUGUUCGUGUCUUAUAUCUACAGUCAGAAACCAAAACAACUCCAAGUUAGCAAACCAGUCAACGGACCUAUGUUUGCCACGCUAGCCAGAAAGUAUGUGGACGCUCUUGCAACGGGAGCUGUGCCUGAUGUUGACGAUGCAUUUGCAUCGGCUGCUAAAAUCGAAAAUGAGAGAGUGAAAGACGAAUGCAUGGAUAUGUUUCGAUUCAGAAUAAAUGACGUACAGUUGCCUCUUCCCUCAACAUCGCUGGAUAAGCAUUUCACAGAAGCCCGAUGCUCUGCGCUUGAAUACAUGCGUACAAAUGUUGUCCAGGAUGUUGCAAGCGUGAUUGAAAAGCAUGCGCUGAUGGAAAUGGAUUUGUUCAGUCAACAGUUUCAACGUCAAAAUGAAGAGGAAAAAGAAAAGCAUUGUACAAACGUACUGUUAGGUUUGGCAUCAUUCAGCAACUUGCAAGCGGGGUUGCAGAACAAAUGUUAUGAAGUAAUCGGAGGCCAUAGAAAAUUCAAGCGAGACGUAGACUUGGCCAGGGAGGAAUAUGAGCAAGUUCUUCGGUAUUAUGAACAAAGAGAGUUCGGAUUGGUUUGGAACAGUUUUGCGAAUAAACUUGGUCCAGAGGAAACUAAAAUUCUUGAUAAAGACGAUGAGCUUUCUACGGAGGAAAAAAAGAGGGAGAAAGAGGAACAUGAAAUUUCAAUGAAACGAAUGGAGAUCGAAUUGGAAAGAGCAAAUCGAAAUGCUUUACAUAAACAAAUGAAAGAGCUGGAUGAACAACAAAAGAAACUAAAUAAAGAACUCAGAAGGCGAGACAAAGAACAUGAAGACAAAGUAACAGCCCUACAGAACAAGAUUGCUUCUCUGGAAACAAAUAAGGAAGUCCAAAAGCAAAUGCUUGAUCAAAUAACGUCAUUGCUGGAGGAAAAUAGGAGACAAAAGAAGAAAGCAGAUAAAAAACUCGAGGAGAAGCAUAGAUAUGAAAGGGAAAAACGGGAGGAACUUGAGCAGAAGGAGCGAGAACGAAAAGACGGGUUUGUUGUAAAAAGGGUGUUCAAUGCUUUUUGGAAUUAUUAA